ACCACUACCUUCGACUGACAAUGGCGCGUCCUCUGCUUGUGUGUGUGGCCGUCUGUCACCUGGGACUUGUGAUUGCGGUAGACAGUUUCUGUGCCCGGACAUGUAACUGCACUUCCGGUGGCAGCCAGGGUACGCCAAUCUGGCCGGAAGCUGUUGCAGCCACUGCAGGCGUUGUCGCCCCCUUUCUCCUAGGAGGGCUGGGGUAUGGAGUAUGGAAGCUGGCCUCGUCGUCAUCAAGUGGCUUCAACGUCACCCAUCCGACCUACCCCAAACGGCAGGUGUUGACGAAGGACUUCGACAGGAAGCCAUCCCUGGAAAGCAGCACACCUUCCGAUUAUGACCCAUACAAGCGGCGGCAGUCGGCGUUGUCGGUGUUUGAUAACGAUGAAGACGACUUUCCUUCGGACGUUGACCUUCCUCGCAACUCCUCCGUAAGCUCCCUUGCCGGGGAGGAUGGAUCUAUGUUCGCGGGGACCCCGAGGGGCGCACCCAUGUCUCGCCCCCUCGUUCAUGCCAGCCAACCAUUUCGGCACUCCGCGGAGAGGAAGUAUCAACUCCUGGAUGUGAUUAGAGUACUUCCGGUCAGUUGGUCCGACUGACAAUACAUACAUCUAUCGAGAUACACUUGUGUAAUUAAAUCGGAAUUAUUUGGUAAUAACUGGCUAAAAUUUACUGAUUUGUAAUAGCUUAAGUUAACAUCGCUUUCUUUCAUAAAUAAUUAGUGUUAAAGUCAGUGUCUGGACAUUUGGAUCAGGUUUUCUUGAUGGCAGUUGUGUGACAUUGUUGAUUGACUGUGAUCACCAGGAUCUAAAGAUCUUACAAUUUGCUUUUUAAUAUUUUUCCGUUUAUACCAUGGAAUAAACCUGAAUGUUAUAAUUAAAA